CCUAAAACAUUUUCUGAUCAGGGUUUUGGGUGUUUCUCAGUUUCUCUUCUCCAUUUCUUUCAAAAAUGUUGAAGUUCAUCUGCUGUUUUGCUCUUUUUUACUGUUCUUUCUCCUUGGGUUUUACUGAUGCAGGUCAAGAAUCAUUUACCAUAUUAAAGCUCCAUGACCCAAAAACACCCAUUGUGUUUCAGUCAGUCUCUGGCAGUGGAAUCCCUGUUGCAGUUUCUGUGAGUAGUGAAGAACUUAAAGAGAUCUCUUCUAGUGUUUUAAUGGCAGAAAGUUGGCUCAGAACCCAUGUCUUAACUCACUAUCCUGCUACUAAAAUCACUACCAUUGUUGUAACUAACAACAUUAUCUGCAACAAAAACCAUGAAAAGAUUUGGGGUUUAGUUCUUCCUUCUAUGAAAAACAUCUAUCACUCUCUUGUUAGGUGGGGUUUAGAGAAACAAAUCAAAGUCUCAGCUGGUGUUUCAAAAGCUUGUUUACAUCCACUUUUUAACAGCUACAAAGAUGAUAUGUCUGAUUCUUUGAUUAAACCAGUUAUGGAUUUUCUUUACUACUCAAAUUCUACUUAUUCAGUAAACCCAGCUUCAGAUUUCUCUACUCUGUCAGAAAAAACUACCAAACUGGUUGUAGAGUCUCAUAGAGUUUCCAUGAAAAAGUUGGGGUUUUUAGAUGCAAUUGACAUGAAUGUUAUCUAUGGUCCAGAAGAGAAAAAACCCAUCAAAAGGAAACUCUAUUCUAUGAGUAGUUCUGAAGUGGUAGACCCAUUUCCAGCAAGACCAACUACAAUGCCAAUUCAUUCUUCCAUUGGUUACUCAGUUCCUGCAUAUGUAACUAAAAACCCACCUUCACCUUCAAUGUAUCCACCUUCACCUGUAGUGACUCCAGCUUUGCCAUUAGUAGCUCCACCACCUACUCCAUCAAUGGCUCCAUCUCCAGUGUCUUAUUCAUACACACCUCCAUCUCCUCCAGUAUCAUACUCUUAUCCACCAUUGAUGUCAUCUCCUCCAUUACCAUUUGUACUCCCUGGACCAGCAAAUCCUCCAUCAGAUUCUUUUACAUACCCACCUUGUGUUCAUUCACCACCAGCAGAUGCAGCACCAACACCAAUAUCAUCAACAUCACCUCCACCACAUGGGUCAUCAUCUGUGGAGAAGAAGCUUUGGUGUGUAGCAAAACCUAGUGUUCCUGCUGAUGAUUUACAAGAAGCCAUUGAUUAUGCUUGUGGAGUAGGUGGUGCUGAUUGUGAUGAAAUAAAACCUAAUGGAAGUUGUUAUAAUCCAGAUACAGUUGUUGCCCAUGCCUCAUAUGCUUUUAACAGUUAUUGGCAAAAGAACAAAAACAUUGGGGGAACUUGCAGCUUUGGUGGAACUGCCAUGAUUAUCAGUACUGACCCAAGUUUUUUGCAAUGCAGAUUCUUGGUGAUGGACUAAGUUGUGUGAGCUUGUGAAGAACAGUUUUUUGGAAGAAACUAUUAAGCAUCAACAUUCUACAUUCUGCAGAAUUCAUUGUAGUAGCAGUACUAGUAAAUUAGGAUUAUCUCAAAAAGAAUGAAAUUCAUUUAAGGCAGGAGAAAUAGUAGUAGUUAUUCUAUCUUUUGAGUGAUGUUGGUGAAUCUGAUUAUUAAUAGUUUAUUGACUUUAAAAAGAAAAGAUAUGUGAAUGAAAUUUGUGAUUCUCUUCUGGGGACC